UCCCUCCAUUUCCACUCGAACACACUGAUUAGCAUGAAAACUACCCUGCUCCUCAGGCUCCUGAUCAUCUUGACGACCGGGCCGACGAGUGGAGUUAUUGUCCUGCUCGUGCCUGCGCAUCCGCCAAGUGGCAUCGCUGCAUCUGGCAACUGUCGACUAUUAUGUAUGCCCUCCUUCGACUAGCCUAGUAACUACGGACAUGUAGGCUCAUUCGCAUGGGCAUGUCCGCGCCACCGGACGGAGCUCCAGACACUAUGGGAUAUGUAUAUAAAUGAGCUCAUGUCCAGCUCGAGUUUCCAAGAUGCUGCUAUCACCACCUCCAUCAUCCAGUCCCCUUCGCAACGGCCUUCAUCAUGAAGUCUGCUCUUGCACUGCUGGCUGCGGCCAUGUUUUCGGGCGCCCUCGCUGCCGACAAGGCCGCGUGGAAGUCCCGCAACAUCUACUUCGCCCUGACCGAUCGUGUGGCUCGCAGUGCCAGCGACAAUGGCGGUGGCUCUUGCGGUAACCUUGGACAGUACUGCGGUGGCACGUUCCAGGGUCUGCAGUCCAAGCUGGACUACAUCAAGGGCAUGGGCUUUGAUGCCAUCUGGAUCACGCCCGUCGUCGCUAACACCGACGGUGGCUAUCACGGCUACUGGGCCAAGGAUCUCUACUCGGUCAACUCCAACUACGGCACAGCCGAUGACCUCAAGAGCCUUGUCAACGCAGCCCACGACAAGGGCAUGUAUGUCAUGAUCGACGUGGUGGCCAACCACAUGGGCGCGGGCGACGUCUCCAGCUACAGCCCCGAGCCGCUCAACCAGCAGUCGUCCUACCACUCGCGCUGCGACAUCAACUACGACAACCAGAACUCCGUCGAGCAGUGCUGGAUCGCCGGGCUGCCCGACAUCAAGACGACGGACUCCAACAUCCGCAACGUCAUGCACGAGUGGAUCUCCUGGUUCGUCGGCGAGUACGGCUUCGACGGCGUCCGCUGCGACACGGUCAAGCACGUCGAGAAGGACUUUUGGCCAAGUUUCUCCGAGGCCGCCGGCGUCUACACCAUUGGCGAGGUCUGGGACGGGGACCCGAACUACCUCGCAGGGUACGACGGCCUCCUGGGCGGUCUCCUCAACUACGCCACCUACUACCCCAUGAACCGCUUCUACCAGCAGCAGGGGUCCAGCCAGGACCUCGUCGACAUGAUCGACACGGUCAGCCAGACCUUCCAGGACCCCGCCGCGCUCGGCACGUUCCUCGACAACCACGACAACCCCCGCUGGCUCAACCAGCGCAACGACUGGGCCCUGUUCAAGAACGCCCUCGCCUUUGUCAUCCUGUCCCGCGGCAUCCCCAUUGUCUACUACGGCUCCGAGCAGGGCUACGCCGGCGGCAGCGACCCGGCGAACCGCGAGGAUCUCUGGCGGAGCAGCUUCGACACUAAUGCCGACCUGUACAAGUUCAUUGCCGCCCUCGGCUCCGUGCGCCAGGAUGCCGGUGGCCUCGGCGGCAACGACCACGAGCACCUGUACGUCGAGGACGGCGCGUACGCCUGGUCGCGUCUCGGUGGUGACCUGAUUGUCCUGACCACCAAUGGUGGCAGCGGCUACGCGGGCCAGCACUGCAUCUACUCCCGCCGCAGCAACGGCUCCUGGAACGUCGCCAUGGGUGGCUCUGGCACGGUGACUGCGGACGGGUCUGGUGUUGUCUGCGUGGACGUCCAGUACGGUCUGCCCGUUGUGCUGCGCGCCCGCUAAGGGUGUUUGGUGCUGGAUGCUGCUGGUGUUAAGGG